AUGUCAGAAUUCUAUAAGUUAGCUCCUAUCGACAAAAAGGGUCAACCAUUUCCAUUCGACCAACUAAAGGGCAAAGUGGUUCUAAUCGUUAACGUUGCUUCCAAAUGUGGUUUCACCCCGCAGUACAAGGAACUAGAGGCGUUGUACAAACGUUACAAGGAUGAGGGACUUACUAUCAUCGGGUUCCCAUGCAAUCAGUUUGGCCACCAAGAACCAGGUUCUGAUGAAGAAAUUGCCCAAUUUUGCCAAUUGAACUAUGGUGUUACUUUCCCCAUCAUGAAGAAAAUUGAUGUCAAUGGUAACAAUGAGGAUCCCGUUUACAAAUUUUUGAAGAGUCAAAAAUCUGGUAUGUUAGGCCUGAGAGGAAUCAAAUGGAAUUUUGAAAAAUUUUUGGUCGAUAAAAAGGGUAAAGUUCACGAAAGGUACUCUUCACUAACCAAACCUUCUUCGUUGUCUGAAACUAUCGAAGCACUUUUGAAAGAAGUUGACUAG